GGAAGGCAGUCGGCUGUAGAGUCAGUGAAACAGGCGCUGUUACAGGGAGUGGAUACACUUGUCGGCUCAGCUGAUCUGAAUAGCAACAAUAUUUUGGAAAUAGUCGUAAACAUUUUAAUCUAACGAGUAACGGAAGGAUCGCACUAAAUAAGGUUAUAGCAGCAGCAGCUUCUCAGGGGAACGAGAGAAGCCUUGUGAAUAUUUGGUGAAGCAUCAGCAGUAGCAGCAGCGACACCUGGUCUCCUGAGUCUCCGGGUUUGCUUUCAUCCUCAUCAGAGUGGCGGAACAAGAUGGGGAAUGGAUUAUCAGAGCCCCAUGCCAUCUUUCCCUGCCUGCCAUCCUUUCAGGCCCUGCACAUUGUUAUUCUUGGCUUGGACUGUGCCGGUAAGACUACUGUAUUGUACCGGCUACGCUUUAAUGAGUUUGUGAACACCGUUCCCACCAAGGGCUUCAACACGGAGAAGAUCAAGGUGACUCUCGGUGGGAAAGGUCGGACUGCAACCUUUAAUUUCUGGGAUGUAGGAGGUCAGGAAAAGCUCCGGCCUCUGUGGCGCUCCUAUACGCGGUGUGCCGAUGGCCUCGUGUUCGUAGUGGACUCAGUAGAUGCCGAGCGCAUGGAGGAGGCCAAGACGGAGUUGCAUAAGAUCACACGGCUACAGGAGAACCAGGGGGUGCCCGUGUUGGUGGUGGCUAACAAGCAGGACCUGCGCAGCGCGUUGCCACUAGGUGAGGUUGAACAGAUGUUGGCACUGAACGAGCUCGGCACUCAUACACCAUGGCACCUCCAACCGGCCUGUGCCAUCAUUGGAGAAGGUCUACAAGAAGGCCUGGAACGUCUCCACUCCAUGAUCAUCAAGCGGAGAAAAAUGAUGAGGCAGCAGAAGAGAAAAAGAUGACUGUUUAGUGAUGGGAUGUUAGCUGGAUGUGGUAGGCCUCUAUGAUGGAUCUGCUGGUGAUGUGCCAUGGGCCAUUGUGGCCCCUGCACUCCUGGAAUUAUUGUUUUGGUGGGCUGAGUUUUAUCAGUCAUAUGGUUCUGGAUAAAAACAGUUCAGAGACCACAAGAGGACAAUAUUGAUUUACCACUUUGGUUGUUGGAUUGUAGCAGCGGUGGGACGAUCACAUGGAACAUUUACAUCAAUACGUGUUACACAAUGUCAACAGGUCUUGUGGUACACUGAGUUCUCAUGAAGGACAACACUGGACAUGAACUUGUAAAUGACAAAGACUGAUCCCUGAAGACUUUGUCUUUGCAGCUGCAGUGUUACACAUAUCCUAGUAUCCUAACAUUCAUGUAAAGUCUUGAAAUAGAGGGAUUGAUUACCAAAGCUGCCAUGGACAUCAUGAAAAAUCCAAUGUAUACAUUCAAGUGAUGUGUUUUCCCCCAUUGGUUUUAUCCAGAAUGGCCAACCGUCAUUUUCCCUGGGUGUUUGUUGUGCUGGUGGUCAGGGGAACCAGAAUAAGCUUUAUGGAUCACUUGUUUGGGAAUGCACAAAUGUUUAAAUCAGAUUGGAGUCACUGAGAAGGGUAUUUCGUCGACCACUAAAGUAGUUCAACAGGUGAAUGUGGUGAUUGUCAAGAUUUGUAAGAGAUUAAAGUUGUACUGUCCUUCUCAACAUAUUGGUGCAGUAGCUUCUCCCAAGUUUGAGGAUUACUGGUGUCAUUUCUAGCUAAACCCACAUUGUGUGCUUCCCUGAACGACAAGAGAUGUUUAAAUGCACUUUAGUAAUUCCCUUUUCUAAUCUAUGAAUUUACAGCCUCUGAUUUUUUUGUAAAGAGUUUAUCAUACUACAAAAAAGAAGUAAUGUAUUGCUUCGAAUGAAGCGUUUUUUUUUUCAAUUCCACAUUCAAAUGUGUCAGUUUGUCACUCAGUGCUUGUGUGUUGGGGGAUGUUCAUACACUUUGAAUAAAUCCACAACUAC